AUGCUGGAAAGUAAAGAACACCAAGCUCGUCGGAAUACUAUCAAGGAGAUCGCGCGUGCCAUCUCCGAACGUCGGGAAAAUCGAUAUCAGCACAAAGACGUGCAUGACCUCCCCAUUCAGAUCCUCCCCAUGCCCCUGUCCGCCGAUGGGGACCCAUUAUUCGAGUCUGAAUUUUUCUGGCCCUACAAGAAGCCCCUUCCGAACCCUGAUGAGGAGAUGGAGUUUUCGCCCUCCAGUCCGGAGGAAGCCACAGAUCCGAUGGACGAGGCACACAUCCUAAGCUACUACUUCGGGCAUUAUAUUACCAGUACCAUACGUCUUGGCAGUGAUAACUGGUAUCACAGUCCCAGACAGCCCAUUGACUUUCCAUGUUCCCUCUGCGAGCUUGAUACUGAGAAUCCCUUCGAAUGGUGCGCGGGCGGUAUAACUGGCAUUCCGGGUGGGCCCCGAAUGAAAUGCUUAUUACUCGAGAGCGUGGACGCGAACGAUGAUCAGAUUACCCGUGGGGAGAUCCUGUGUAUGUGUCGAAUCAUGAUUACUUGCCUUCGUUCCAGGAAAUACCGUGCCCAUCAAGUCAGUCCGGUGCUACUCAUUUCCUUCGUGGGUCCAAGACAUGCUCGCAUUCUCCUGGGCCAUCAUGAUGGCACCAACCUGGUGAUCCGUCAAUCUAAACGCUUUGCCUUCUGGGAACAGAACAUCCCCGAGAUGAAGAUUUUACUGCGAUGGUGGUGCUCGUCUGCGGUUGGGGAUACUAUCAAUGGGUAA